UUUUCAUUUGAAUCUUCAGCAUAGACUUGCGUGUGACCCUCAACAAAUAUUAUUGGAUAAGUUUGAUAUUCUUUAUUUGCGCUAUGAUUCUCUUCACGAUGUUCAUAUUCAUCGAGAGGCUGCGAUUCGUGCUCGGCCUAAACUGGCUGCUCUGCAUGCUGAUUGUGGAGUUUCUGAUCAUCGGACUAUUCGCCCUUUCGGCCCAAACUGAUUGGAAGAACUUACUCGCUUGGUUCUUCGUCUGUGUGCUCUUCACAUAUCUUUUCAUACUAAUCGGAUCCGUUUUACCGCAAGACCUUACCCUGAAUGUGGUAAUUCUGUUUGUGGUGGCCUUCCUCUUCCUCUCCAUCACCGUCUUCAUGAGCAUGAUGCACAAAAUUAUGGAUGUGCCAUAUUCGUUUUAUGCUUAUAUGAUUUUAAUUGGGCUCAUUGUGCUGAUGUUCGUGAUGUACCACGCCCAGACAAUUAAUGGCGGCCGCUUUGCGGAGAUGCGUAUACAGGACUAUCUGCUGGCAUCGCUAAUCCUCUUCAACGACUUCAUCAUCCUCUACAUGCUAACCAUCUACCCACAGGUCCUUAACAAAACAGAGUCAUCCCCGACCACCACGACAGCUGCGUAUUAUUACGAUGACAACGGCUAUGAAGACGAUGACAUUGAGGAACCAGCUGCUCCAGUCUCAAGUACUCCGGAACCAACCACUAGAAGAAAGACUAGAAGACCCAAAACCACUCCCAGGAGCACACCAAGCAAAACUAGGAAAACACCCAAGGUCACAAAACCCAGAACCACUCGUACGAGCAAAAUCACAAAACCAAGAACCACACCAAGGAGCAAACCAACCAAAACUAAAAAAACCACUAAGCUAAGAACCACCAGUACGAAAGCAACUAAAAAAACUACGCCUCCAAAUGAAACAACUACAACUGAUGAUGACUGGGCGAAUUGGGGUUGAGUGCAACAGAGGUAAAGGUUUAGCGAGGAAGGCGAGAAAAGUUUUGAUUACGUUUUGCUAAAAUCAGCCAGACACGCAAAAUAAAACAUACAAAUGAACCCGAAGAUUACAACGAGCAGUGCACUG